GUCUGCUGCUUCACUCAGCAGUAACAGAAGACAGCGAGAGAAAAAAAUACAACAGAGCUCUGGAGCUACCGCUGGAUUUUUAAUGGGGAAUAGGCAGCAACCUCUCCUCAGGAUGGAGCAUUUAUGAGGAGGCUUGCUGUGCCAGUCUUGCAGGAAAUGUCCACAUACUUAGCCUUAGAGGGAAGGAGGAUUUCUAACAGAGUAGCUGACGCUGCUCUUUGUGGCAUGAAAACUGUGUGAGGAGCUCCAGGAGAAUUUCCUCCGAUUAACCGGAAAGCUUUGAUCUUCUCGCAGCUUUUUUUUUUCUUUGUUUUUUCUCUCCACGUGAUCCAACCUGUGGUUCCACAGGUCAAGGCGAAGUUUAAAACAUGACCGCCAUGCAAAAGCUGCUGCAGCUGCCGGUGAACGCGGUGAACAUGGUGAAGACCGUGCAAAGUCAGGUCCAAGGCCAGGAGGAGGACAAGAGCCCCGUGCUGACUCCCGAUAGCGGGCAGCAGGCUUGGUACAGCGCCCUCCAGCCUGAUGAGCUGCGCCACCUCCGAUCUGGAGGUACAGGUGGAGGAGGAGGAGCUGACCAGGAGGAACGAGCCCCACUGGAGGAAGGUGGUGGAGGUGGUGGUGGUGGUUUCCAAACUCAACCGCUGCGACAUGACGACUUGAAAGAGAUGCUGGACAGCAACAAAGACUCCCUGAAGCUGGAGGCAAUGAAGCGGAUUGUAGCUAUGAUUGCCCGAGGUAAAAAUGCAUCAGAUCUCUUCCCCGCUGUGGUGAAAAACGUGGCUUGUAAAAACAUAGAGGUGAAGAAGCUGGUCUAUGUUUACUUGGUGCGUUACGCUGAGGAGCAGCAGGAUCUUGCUCUGCUUUCAAUUUCCACGUUUCAGCGAGGUCUGAAGGAUCCGAACCAGCUGAUCAGAGCCAGCGCCCUGCGAGUCCUCUCCAGCAUAAGAGUAACAAUCAUCGUUCCAAUAAUGAUGUUGGCCAUCAAAGAAGCUGCUUCGGAUAUGUCUCCGUAUGUCAGGAAGACCGCAGCACAUGCAAUCCCUAAACUAUACAGUUUGGAUCCUGAACAAAAAGACCAGCUGAUUGAAGUCAUAGAGAAACUCCUCGCUGACAAAACCACGUUGGUGGCAGGAAGCGUUGUGAUGGCUUUUGAAGAGGUGUGUCCGGAGCGCAUUGAUCUAAUCCACAAGAACUACAGGAAGCUGUGUAAUCUCUUGAUUGAUGUUGAGGAGUGGGGGCAGGUCGUCAUCAUCAACAUGCUAACCCGCUACGCCAGAACGCAGUUUCUCAACCCAAACAUCAAUGAGUCCCUGCUGGAGGAGGGAGGCAGCGGCGAUAAGACCUUCUACGGCUCAGAUGAAGAUGAGGAUGAAGACGAAGAGGAGAAGGAGAAGAAGGCCGAGGCUGCUGCCAUGGCUAAGAGGAAGCCAUAUGUGAUGGAUCCAGACCACCGACUGCUACUAAGGAAUACCAAACCGCUCCUGCAGAGCCGCAACGCAGCUGUGGUGAUGGCUGUGGCUCAGCUGUAUUUCCAUCUGGCCCCUAAAGCGGAGGUUGGUGUGAUUGCCAAGGCCCUGGUCCGUCUCCUGAGGAGCCACAGUGAAGUCCAGUAUGUUGUUCUUCAGAACGUGGCAACAAUGUCCAUUAAGAGACGGGGGAUGUUUGAACCAUAUCUGAAGAGUUUCUACAUCCGCUCAACAGAUCCAACUCAGAUCAAAGUCCUAAAGCUGGAGGUUCUAACCAAUCUGGCCAACGAGACAAACAUUUCCACCAUCCUCAGAGAAUUUCAGACAUAUAUUAAAAGCAUGGAUAAAGACUUUGUGGCUGCAACAAUCCAAGCCAUUGGUCGCUGUGCUACCAACAUCAGCGAGGUGAGGGACACAUGUCUGAACGGUCUUGUGCAGCUGCUCUCCAACCGAGAUGAGUUGGUGGUUGCCGAGUCAGUGGUUGUUAUCAAGAAGCUGCUGCAGAUGCAGCCGGAGAAGCACAGCGACAUCAUAAAGCACAUGGCGAAACUGACCGACAACAUUCAGGUGCCAAUGGCACGGGCAAGUAUCCUGUGGCUGAUUGGAGAAUACUGUGAGCAUGUACCUAAGAUCGCCCCAGAUGUUCUAAGGAAGAUGGCCAAGUCAUUCACUAAUGAAGAGGACAUUGUGAAGCUUCAGAUCAUCAAUUUGGCAGCCAAGCUAUAUCUGACCAACUCCAAACAGACUAAACUGCUGACGCAGUAUGUUCUCAACUUGGCCAAAUACGACCAGAACUACGACAUCCGCGACCGGGCACGCUUCAUUCGCCAACUCAUCGUGCCCACCGAGAAGAGUGGAGCCCUAAGCAAGUAUGCUAAAAAGCUGUUCCUCGCCCUCAAACCUGCACCCGUCCUUGAGUCUCCUUUUAAAGAUCGAGACCACUUCCAGUUGGGUUCACUCUCCCACCUGUUGAAUGCCAAGGCUGGGGGCUACCAGGAGUUGCCUGACUGGCCUGAAGCUGCCCCUGACCCCUCCGUGCGCAACGUGGAGGUGAAGGAGUCUGUUUUUACGCUGCUUGAAAGAGUCACAACAUUAACAAGUGUGCCUGAGUGGACCAAAUGCAGUAGCCGUGAGAAGAGGAAGGAGAAGAAAGUAGAAAAGCCGUUCUACACCGACUCAGAGGGAGAGUCUGGUCCUACGGAGUCUGCUGACAGUGAGUCAGACUCUGCCAGUGGCUCGGAAAGCAGCAGUGGCAGCGAGGAGAGCGGGUCGGGAUCAGAGAGCGAAGAGAGUAAGGAAGCCUCCGAGUCUGAGGAAGAAGAAGAGGAGGAGGAAGAGGAACAGAAGAAGAAAAAAAAGAAAGAUCUAAAGAAGCCAGUGCAAGAAAGCGAAAGUGAGCAGAGCAGCGAAGAAGAAGAGAGGAAGCACCAGAGGAAGAGUAAACCGCGCAAGAGCGAGUCAGAGUCUGAAUCUGACGAAGAUGAGGAAAGCGAGUCUGAAAGCAGCCAGUCAGAGUCUGAAGACUCGGAGUCAGAGGCUGAGGUCAAGAAGAAAAAAAAGACGGCUGAAUCUAAACCUCCUCCCAAGCCUCUCAAGAAAGAGAGCAAGAAAGAAAAGAAAGAAAUGUCUCUGCUCGACCUUGAUGAUUUUGAACCUGCUCCCUCACCACAAGUCACACCGGUCAACACCUUCCUAUCCAACAGCCUCGUGACCGACCUGGAGGGGCUGUCUUUGUCUGACUCUGUCCUCUCCCCAGCAACCAUUGCUCCCUCCAGCGCGCUGAAGAGCUACGAGCUGCUUCACCGGAUCACGGGUGAGGGUCUGUCGGUGGAGUACUGUUUCAGCCGGCAGCCUUUCAGCCCUGACGCCAACAUGGUGGCGGUGCAGAUGCAGUUCACCAACAGCGCCUCUUCCGACACCAAGAACCUGCACAUAGAGGAUGUGAAGCUCCAGUCUGGGAUGAGGGUCAAGGAGUUCCCAGAGAUCGAGCUACUUCCGGCAGGUGAGACGGCCACAGCUGUGAUGGGCAUCGAUUUCUGUGAUUCAACGCAAGCAGCAAACUUCCAGCUGUGCACUCACACCAGGAAAUUCUUCGUGUCGAUCCAGCCACCUGUCGGGGAGCUGAUGAGGCCCGUCUUCCUGACAGAGAACGAGUUUAAAAAGGAACAAGAGAAGCUAUUACACAAUCUAGGUCAGCUGAUGGGCAUGAACGAGAUCACAGAGAAACUAACUUUGGACGUCAAGUGCCGAAACGAACACGCCAUCGUCCAGAGAGUGACCACCGCUGCCAACCUCAGCAGAGUGCCCUGUGGGUCAGAUAAAGAGUGCAGGUUUGCAGGCAGGACGGUGACCAGUGGCAGCUUGGUGCUGGUCACCGUGGCAACCAAAGAGGAAGGAGCCGCCCAGCUGACGGUCAACUGUGAGAAAAUGGUGAUCGGCACGAUGCUGGUGAAAGACAUCCUCCAGGCUCUAACGCAGUGACGCGAACCAUCUCUCCAGCUUUGAACUCCGCCUCCACCUGUACUUCAGCCAUCCCUCACAUAUCAUCUAAGACUUGUCAGUGUAGCAUCUCCUGCGAGCCGUGUCAGUGAGGAAGCUUCCACAACAUUUGUUUUGUUAGAAGAGCCCCAAACCUUUAGAAAUGACUCCCAGAGACAGUGAAUGCCACACCUGGACCUGACAAUUAAAACUGAACCUGAAUGUUUUUACUUGACUUUCCAAAAAUACUAAUUUCCGAACGUUUUGGGGUUUUUUUUCUUUCCUUGAGGAGCUAAUUGGACUUACUGGACUCACAUUUACUUAAUCUAAACCUUCUUUUCUUUAGUAUAAAGUUAAUGUCAGAAUUUGUUUCCUGGAUAAACAUUAAUCGAGGCUGCAGGUUUAUUCUUGACUUUGAGAAAAAACAGUGGCUCUGAAACGUUCAGCCACAGCCUGUGAUCUUCCUCAGUGGAGGCAGUUGCUCAGUUGUCAUCGACAAAGACUGAAUAAACUGCAUUUUUCAUCAUUUGUGAAAUCAAAAUCAGCUACAGCGACGACUAAGUCAUCCGUGAUAUUCAAAUCCAAUUUGUGAUGCUAGAUUUUUCUGUGCUCUCACCUGGUACAUAAUAAAAUCUGAAGUAGGACACAUCUUCAAAAAAAAUCCAGAAGAAUCUUCAAUCAGUAGUAGUAACUGGACUCAUCCGCCUUCUGUUAAUGCUGUAGUCAGGUUUUACAAAGAUUAGGUGAGCAAAAAAUAAACAAAAACAUGUGCAGUAAGAUGUUCACUAGGUUCAGGCUAUUAACACUGUGCAGUAAGAAUAUGUGACUCUUGGCGAUCAGGACACUUUAUUUUCCCAAUAAAGUGGUCCUACACCAUAAACGUCGCUCACUCACGAGCUCCCUUGAUUUUUCUUUUUUUAAAUCUCAGGCUAGAUUUAAUCCAUGUGUAGGAAACUGAAAUAAUCCCAUCUACAUUGCGACUGCUGGUUUUAUAUACUUUUUGCUUUUAUUCCAACUUUAUGUAUAUCAAGUAAUGACUAAACCAUCUCUAUGACAAAUGAGCAACAUCAUACGCUGGGGAAAGACUGGACCUCCACAGGUUUUCGUCGGAACUAAAGGAGGUCUUUCUAUGGUGUUAACAUGAAGAUGAGACAACUUUCAGUUCAGUUCAUUUUAUUUAUAUAGCUACAAUUCACAACAAAAGAUAAAAAUCUUACAACAAUAUAGAGUAAAUCCCAACAAUCAGAUGCCCCCUGUGAGCAAGAAAAACUCCCUUUUCCUCUGGAUGGGCAUCCAUCUGCUGCAACUGGUUUGAGGGGCUAUCAAACUGCUUUAAGAUGGAGAGAUACUCUGAGAUAGACGGAGUGGGUAAAAGACUAUCAUAUUCCCUCAAAUCGGGUGGCACUGUCACAGUUAUUUGAAAUCAUUACAAGAUACAAGAAGAUUGCUGAUCUAAGACGGCUACCAUUCAACCUCAACUAUGUGAUUUUGGUAUAAUAUUAAUGAACAAUUCCCCAGAGUUUUAUCUCAUAAUUUGGUGAUUUUUAGCAUGUGGUUAGCUGUCAAAGUGCACAUGUUCAUCACAGUAAGUGGGGCAUUGAUAAAAGCUGAAAUGUAUACAUGCUGUUUUAUUGCAACAUGCAAUGCAGUACUACUGUAAGGUGUGGUGUGUGUCUGUGUGUGAGUGAGUAUCAGCCUAACAAUAAGAAGUAGCGCUUUUGAUUAAAAACUGUAACACUUGACUUGACAUCAUCAUGAAGCACAUUAAAAUCACCAAAAUCCUCAUGCUGAUUAUACAGAAAUGUUUUUUUGGUUGCUUUUCUCUGAUUGCUGUGAAUUAAACCCAGCGUUUAACCCCAACGCCAACAAAAAUACUUAACGAAUAUCAGCAAAUUAUUUUCCUAAUGAUCAUUUGGAUAAAUGAUUUAUCUGCUGGUGAUAUUCUCGUAUAAGUGAAUCGGGACUGUAAAAAAAUAGGAUUUUUGCCCACUAAAUUCUCAACUGAGUCUUGUAGACAAGCAUUUACUGUAAGUCAUUCUACAUUUAAUGAGGUGGUAGUUGUGUCUUCAGUUUGUUUAUGUGCAUAAAGGAAGUAAUAUAUUGACCAUAGAGCUGUAGCAUAUUUUUCUAAUUUUUAUUAACUUCCGAGAAGGCAAAGCUAGCAGUUCUCGUGUUUUGUGUCAAGCUAAUGGGUUGCUAUCUGUAGCUAUAGAGUUAGCUUUCCCAAAUGAGACUUAACUGAUUUUUGGCAAUACAGCAAAGAUAAAUAUUUGUCAAAAAUAUCAAUGCAUUCAUUUAGAUUUCUAUUUUCAGAAAACUCAGCCUAUAUUUACUAGUAAAUAACACAAUGAAGCUUUGAAGUGAAAUAUUCACAAAAACAAAACUCAACCCAUUCAGCUUUCCAUAAAGUUGAUUUAGUAAAGAAACAUUUAGAUUAUGUUUGAGUAUGUGCUGAAGAUAAUGUGCGUGAUUUUCAAGUUAAGUGUUGCUUUUCAUCUCAGUGGUCAGGCUGGUUUCGUGGCUAAUUACAUUUGAUGCCCCUUUUUUCCUUUUAAUAUCCUCAUCUGUGCUGCAGACGCAUGUUUCUUAAUUCUAGCAGUAUCUGUGCACUUCUUUUUACUGUUGGAAACUGUAACUGUAAUCUUCCAAAGCUACAGGAGUAGUGAAAGGACUUUAUUUUGGCCUUUAACGUACUCCUCGCAUUGUCUGUUAUUUGCCCGUUCGCUCCAGCAGCCAUGAUGAUGAAAGUAAACAAUAAGAAAGUCUACUUUCAAAAGUAAAAAUACAGAAAAGAGUGAACUCUAUUCUCCAAAUCAUACGUAGGGCCAUAUGUUUCAUCUGCUUUCAAAAUAUCCAAAGUACAGUUCCUCAUACCCGUGUGUGGUUGUGAAAUGUGGUCCUGAGGUAUUACAAGUAUAGUUAUACAAAUAAAAGUACAGAUAUGG